GCUCCUCAGCCACUCCCUGCCUCACUCCCAUGACUUUGCCCAACCCCUGCCUCAUCCCUGAGGGCUCCAGAGAGGCAGGCAACCCUCUCUCAGGCAACACUCAGCCCCUGUCCCAUCUCUCCAAAACGAUUCUUAUUCAAACAGUGGUCCAACCCAAGCUCCCGGAUCUCUUAGGAGCUGGCUUUGGUGCCCUGGAGAAAUAUGGACAAGUUUGUUCUCUGGCUCCGAGUGACUUGACGAGAGCAAAGCGCAUGAGGAGACCCUAAGAGCUCAGUAAGACGGACAAACAGCACUCAGCCAGUGUCACACUCCAGCUAAGUGCUUCACAAGCAUUCAUUCAUUUAAUCUAUAUGACACCUCCGGAAGGUCUCGUUAUUAGACCCAUUCAACAGACGAGACACUGCAGCUCAGAAGUGUAAGUCAUAGUCAAGGCUGUCCCCAAAGGAGGGCUCCAGGUAUGCCUGAGAAUGUUUGCCUCUUACCUACCAGCAUGGCUCUGCUCCUCCUGGCUGCAACUACCCUCACCUUCUCUCUUGGCAAGGCACGUGUGUUGGGGGAGGAGUGAGAAGAGGGGGAGAGGGACUCCCCAAGAGGAAGCUAAGAGCUGGAGCCCUCCCUGAAGGCAGCAGGAUUCCUACCGGAUGAUCAGGCAGCUGGCAGGUAGUUCUGCCAGGAGCCAUGAGAAGGCUACUUCAGAGGCGACCAAGUCCGGUCGGUACCCUGGAAUCAGAUGCUGGUGGAGUGCCCUCAAGUCAGUCCUCCUGGUGGAGAGGGCCUUCCCUUGACCAUGAAGGAGAGACCACUGACUCACUCUCAAAAUAGUGACCCUCCUGGCCUUGCCAGGGUGUCACCAGGCCUUUGUCUCGGUGUCCGGUAUGUCCUCUCUACUUGCGGACCCCCUGGUCUACAUGAACAUCCCCGAUCUUCCUUCACCCUCCUUCAAAACAGCCGCUAGCUUCCCCCCACAUCCUCCUGCCUCUGCGCCGCCCGCCGCCGUUGUAUCUCUGCCCUCCUCCAGGGCAAAGAGCACAGAGCGGAAGCUGCCUGCAGCCCUCCCCUUUAGGCACCCUGGCUGCUUUCCGGUUGCUCCACUGCUCAUCUUGCAGAGGGAGAAGCACUUCCAUUAUCUGAAAAGAGGCCUUCGACAACUGACCGAUGCCUACGAGUGUCUGGACGCCAGCCGCCCCUGGCUCUGCUACUGGAUCCUGCACAGUUGGGAGCUCCUGGACGAACCCAUCCCCCAAGUAGUGGCUGCAGACGUGUGUCAGUUCCUGGAGCUGUGUCAGAGUCCAGAAGGUGGCUUUGGAGGGGGCCCUGGGCAGUACCCACACCUUGCACCCACAUACGCAGCUGUCAAUGCGCUGUGUAUCAUUGCCACGGAAGAAGCCUACAACGUCAUUAACAGAGAGAAGCUUCUUCAGUAUUUAUACUCCCUGAAGCAACCCGAUGGCUCUUUUCUCAUGCACGUUGGAGGUGAGGUGGAUGUGAGAAGCGCGUACUGUGCUGCCUCAGUGGCUUCUCUAACCAACAUCAUCACGCCAGACCUCUUUGAAGGCACUGCCGAAUGGAUAGCAAGGUGCCAGAACUGGGAAGGUGGCAUUGGCGGGGUGCCAGGGAUGGAAGCCCAUGGCGGCUACACCUUCUGUGGCUUGGCUGCGCUGGUAAUCCUCAAGAAGGAACGCUCUUUGAACCUGAAGAGCUUGUUGCAAUGGGUGACAAGCCGGCAGAUGCGAUUUGAAGGAGGAUUUCAGGGCCGCUGCAACAAGCUGGUGGAUGGCUGCUACUCCUUCUGGCAGGCAGGGCUCCUGCCCCUGCUGCAUCGAGCACUGCAUGCUCAAGGCGACCCUGCCCUCAGCAUGAGCCACUGGAUGUUCCAUCAGCAGGCCCUGCAGGAGUACAUCCUGAUGUGCUGCCAGUGCCCAGCGGGGGGGCUGCUGGACAAGCCCGGCAAGUCACGUGACUUCUACCACACCUGCUACUGCCUGAGUGGCUUAUCCAUCGCCCAGCAUUUCGGAAGUGGAGCCAUGCUGCAUGAUGUGGUCAUGGGUGUGCCUGAAAAUGCUCUGCAGCCCACUCACCCUGUCUACAACAUUGGACCCGACAAGGUGAUCCAGGCCACCACAUACUUUCUGCAGAAGCCAGUCCCAGGCUUUGAGGAAUGUGAAGAUGAGGUGACCUCAGAUCCUGCCACCGACUAGAGGACCCUGUGGCUCCCCCAGCUCCCCCGUCAGACAAGGUUUCUCCAUUUGGGUACAGAGCACACUCUGUGCUUCUGUGAGCCUUGGCCGCUGUGGAGUUGUGGUUUCUUUGUCCUUUCCUGUCAAACAAAACAAAGCCAUCAGCUCUGGGUUCAGAAUACACAGUGGUGUGAUUUUUUAAAAUUAUUUUCAUACCUGUCAAAUCAAAACUCUGUGAGCCUGUGCAGUGGGGUUGGAGGAGAGCAAUGCAUGCUGGGAAGCAGCAGCCUCUCCUGGCAGCCAGCAGCCUGGCCCACCAUGCUGAAAUGGAGGCUAUCUCCGCACCCCAGCCCCUGUGGUGACUCCCACCUGCACACCACCAUUCAGUCACCUCUCGGGUAGAAACGUCAGCUCCGUGCUGGCCAGGGUGGGGCUCUGGGUCCUGCCUACGUGAGCUCCCUGGAAAAGAUCACUGGGCUGGAGCAGCGCCUGCUUCUGCUUGUGUCCUUCACCCAGUCACCUGCAAAGGACAGCGGCUGGGAAUGGAGGAGAGCCUUAGGUUGAGUCCCUCCCCUCAACCUGGGAGAACUGAGCCACACAUCUCUCCAAGGCCAUGUUUGGUGUAAGCAAGACUUGUUUUGUCCUAGAUAUGACUAGACCCAGGUAACCAAUUAUGAUUGGAAAAUCAACCUCUAGGUCAACUCUGUGCCAGAGGAAGCAGCUUCCCCCAGAGCCCAGGCCCUGCCUCUCCCCAUCAUGUACCAGGAGAGGUCCUCCUCCAGGCAGUACUGCAGCCCAGGCUCCUUCCGUUUCCACCCCCUACCCCCAAGACAGUGUUGUCUUUGCUCAUCCAGAGUAUUAACACUACUAAGGCUUCACCUUAACUGAAGACUCAGGAUUUAUUCCUGCCCUGCACACUGCAGGCUCACUGAAACAGAAUCAAGCGCUAGGUACGCUGUGGGGACAGUGGCCUUGGGCGGUAGGGCAGGCACUGCCAGUGUGCCAGGGUGCCAGUGUGCCGACUCCGGGAGCUGCCUCUGCACUGGCCCUUUUGGUCGGCAGGGUGCUGAGUUUGGUCAUCUGUCACGGCUUCAGUCACAGUGAGCUCAUGUGACUGUCCAGCCAUCGUGUGGACAGGCGGACAGGAGCCUGAGACGCAGCAUGAGGCUCUUCCCCAGAUCUCUGGCCAUGUGCUGCCUCUAAUUCCCUAUUGCUUUGGUGUCCUGGGCUAUGUAUUACCUCCUGGAAAUAAUAAAAGAGUAACAUUUUC